AUGGGCCGCAAGAAAUUAAGCCGCGCACGCGAAUCAAUCAUCAACUCCCUUUCUCUUGUCACAAAGUCCGGCAAAUACCAGCUCGGUAUCGACAAGACACUUCAGUCCCUCCGCAAUGGUGAGGCUAAGCUUGUUAUCUUCGCAUCCAACGUUGCCCCAGCUCAUCGUUCCCUUAUUGAGUACUAUGCUAUGCUCUCUGGUUGCGAUAUCCUCCCAUUCGAUGGUGACAAUGUCGAUCUUGGUACAGCAUGCGGUAAGUACUUCCGUUCUUCCGUCAUUUCCAUCAUUGAUGCUGGUGAGUCCGAAAUCCUUAAGAUGAUCAAGCAGAAGGAUGAGUAA